CGUAAAAAAUUUAUCUUAGUCUUUAGAAACAACAUUAUAUGAGAAUAAGAAUAUAACCAUCAACAAUAUGAGAAAAUAUUAUCAAGCUGCUUUAGCUGUUAUAGCGGUAGUAAGCCUCAUAUCGUUGCUCAUUUAUAGACAUGAAUAUAAUAAGCUGAGGUACGUCUUAGAAGUUUUUAAUUAUUUUGGGAAACCUGGGCCAAGAACAGCAGAUACAAAUUGUGCAAACUUAAGUACAACUUUCACUAUAUUCAAUGCAAAAUUUGACGAACCGAUUCCUUCUUGGCAACGUCUGGAGGAUGAUUUGUAUAUAUAUUCUGCAUACAGCAUCAAUGACAAGGAAAUACGGGUAGUUGGACUUGGGACCAUAAACAGUGUCUCAAAUAUGCAAUGUCUUGUCUUCUUUGAGAACGAGAGUAAACCUAUAUUGGGAAGUUAUAGAUUUAUUCCUAUUGGCAAUGCAGUUAUUUCAAGUUUAGGAGAAAGUUCAAGAUAUGGAGGAUAUGAUUUUGUUUGUACAUACAUCAGUGAUGAAACUCCCAUUGGGAUAACAUUUGUUACAAAGUCUAACAAGUAUCUUGAUUAUGCACCUAUUUUUCCUAUAAAAAUACAGCCAAGGAGUUUAAGCCACAGCAGGAUAGGAGUGUGUGUGACACAAUCAUUGAUGAAGCCAACAAAAUCAAUAGAUAUGAUAGGCUUCAUCAGCUUCCAUGCAUUGAUCGGAAUGGAUAAUUUCAUUAUAUAUGAUUCUGGAAUUUCAAAUGAAUUUAAUAGUAGAUUAAAAGAAAUGGCAAACGAUCCAACUUCUUUUUGGAAAUUUACAUAUACCGUUAUACCGUGGAACUUUCCUUUCAUGGAGAUUGAUCAAAAUGUCAUAAGAGAAAUCAUUGAGACAGAUUGUUUAUAUCGUACAUACAAUAGUGUCGCUUAUGUUAUUGCUCUUUCAUGGAACGAGUAUGUAAACUUAAAGUACCAUCAUGCAACCAUUGAUUUGUUGGCAGAUUUCAAACAAACUAAAUUAAUAGCCGAUCGCUAUAAGCUCAAAACUAUAACUUUUUGCACACAACAAGCUGACAAUAAACAAUAUGCCAAUUCUACACUGACGAUAUUGAAGAAGACCAAAACCGAUAUAAACAUUCUGGAAAAUCGUUCUAUUUAUAUACACAAGCCAUAUGUAUCAUUACAGAAUACUCAUGUAUAUACAAAAGAAAUAGGAAAUGAUUUGAUUAUUGUGAAUCAAUACAUGUAUUGUGAUAAUUAUAAAGAGAGUCGAGAAGUAGAAGAUCUCACAAUUUUGAGAUUUGCCCAAGAUGUACAAAACUCGUCGAUUCUUAGAAAAUAUCUUGGAUUUUACAAGUUGCUUGAUGCGGAUAUAAAGUGA